UGACAGGUCAUAUGACCAAGUAGUAAAACCACAGCAGUGUGUAAAGUCUGCAUUCUUCAUGAUCCUGCACUCAGCUCAGUCUGCAUUUGCCACUUGUCUAUUGUAAUUAAACCGUCCAAAUUCAACUUUUGUAAGCAGAGAAACUAAGAACAUGAGCGGACCAGGACCUCACAAUCUAGACAGGGUACCAGGACAAGAUGGUUACCUCAUUAUCAAUUCAGAUGGUGCUGUGAUGGCGUCGUCUGGUGCGCUAGAGAAUGAUGAAAGGACGGCAGGUAUUCUGAUGAACAUGGUACGUCUUGCAAGCCGCGUCAAGAUCAACGCAGAUAAACCUGAAACGUUCAAAAGGUUAUCAGUUGUCUUUGAUGACUUCAUGUAUCUGAUAACAAUAUCAAACGGAAAGAUUUACGUCAGCAGAAGACAUAGUUCACCACAUGAGCCUGUUCUUGCUUAGUAAUAUUUCCUUAUAUAAUCUGCUUACAUAGAUCAUUGUCAUUUGAUUGGUGGAAAACACCUCACGCUAGGUGCUUUAUUUUGCCAUUUAGUUACUCCCAUGAAACGCGACACCCAGAAAUUUGUGUUACGAGUCCUAUAUUGAUGAAUAUAGGACACUUGGGGCACUUUGCAGCGAUGCUUCGCUGCGGCGUUUCCAAAAUGGAGCAAGUUCAAGCGCGCUCCGUAUGUUGUUGGGGCAUAUUUGUUGCACAGGCUGUAAACUCCCCAGGGAGCAAGAUGGUUUAAUUAAUAAAGAAUAUGGCCUAGUGACCAGGGUUAAUGAUGUUGGAGCGCUUUGAAACGUGUGUAAAGCGCUGUAUAAAAAUCAAUUAUUAUUAUUAUUAUUCUAUAAUUUGUGACUGGUUCCAUGCUCAUUUUUUCUGAGUAGAAAAUUUGUAGGCACUGUUGUCUACUUAAAGGGAUUGUUAAGCAGUUAUGCUUUAAAAACAGCCCUAUGAAAUUGGAUGAGAGUGAGGCAGGAAGAACCAAAACUUUCCCUUAAAAAUUUAAUGAUAAUGUAACCUUCCCAGAUUGCCUGAUCUAUUGUGACAUCAACGACAACUUUUAGAAGAUAUUACUAUUUUGGUUGGUACGACCACUGCUAUUCCUUCCUUUUUGUUAAAAUUAAUUCCAGAACAUUUUGGUUAUUUUUAUUCGGAAUUAUUGUAACAGAAAUAAAUAGCUGGCCCCAAAAUAAGAUUUGUAAAUAAAAUGCUUACAUACAUUUGUGUACAAAUAAA